UGGAGUAAAGCUGGCUCCUUUGGAAAAGGAGCGAGUUCAGGGUUGCAUGAAGAAUUAAGGAUGGCAAAAAGUGAUGAUUGCAUGCACAUCUUGCAGGGUCUAUUAGUCUUUGGAAAUGUGGUCAUUGGGAUGUGUGGCAUUGCCCUGACAGCAGAGUGUAUCUUCUUUGUGUCCAAUCCCCAUGGUCCCUACCCUCUGCUGAAAGCCGCAGAAAACAAUGACAUCUACGCUGCUGCCUGGAUUGGCAUCUUUGUUGGCUUUGCACUCUUUGCUCUAUCUAUCCUUGGUAUCAUUGGAGUCAUUAAGUCCAACAGGACCUUGCUGCUAGUGUACAUUGUUCUGAUGCUGAUCACUUUUGCAUUUGAAAUGGCUUCUUGCAUCACAGCAGCUACUCACCGAGAUUCUCUCACUAAAAAUCUCUUGCUGAAGCAAAUGCUGGAGAAAUAUCAGAAGUUAAACGCUGCCAAUAACGACGAAAAAGAGAUGAUUGAAGGGGUUACAAAGGCAUGGGAUAAACUCAUGGUUCAGAGCCAUUGCUGCGGGGUGCUGGGUCCCUCCGACUGGCAGGACUACACAUCUGCCUUCCGCGCCAGAUACGACGAUGCCGACUACCCUUGGCCACGAAAAUGCUGUGUCAUGGAUGACGAAGGGUCUCCCGUCAACCUUGAUGGCUGCAAACUUGGAGUCCUUGGCUACUUUAACAGCAAUGGUUGUUACGAUGCUAUUUCUGGGCCAGUGAACACACAUGCCUGGGGUGUUGCCUGGUUUGGUUUUGCCAUUCUCUGCUGGACUUUCUGCGUGCUUCUUGGUACCAUGUUCUACUGGAGGGGAAUUGAAUACUGA